CCCUCGCUCCGUCCUUUCUCUCUCCCCGCCUUCCCGGCGCUGCCACAGUGGCGGGAUUGAGGAUCCCGACCAGUGAGGUGCCUGCGGCUUCGCGCUCCUCCUCCUCCCAAAUAAACAGCCCUCCCCACGCCGGGAGCCCGGGCCGCCCCCUUCCUCGCGCAGCGGGCGAGUGGUGAGGGAGCGCGGGACCGAAGGACCAAGGGACCGAGGGAGCGGCGCACGCGCGUGUGAGCGAGUGAGCUAGCGGCCGGCCGGCGCGAAGCCGGAGCAGAAACCGGAGCCGCAGCCGAAGCCUGAGUCGGAGCGGUGCCGAAGCCGAAGCGGGACUCCGGGCCGGCGCGCACGCACGCACGCACGCGGGGGGCGGGGCCGGCGCGCGCCCGCUUGUCGCGACUGUCGGCUCCUAGGCCCAGGGGGAGGUGGCCUGUCGCGGGUCGCCCGGCUCCCGGAGGCGAAGGGGGCGCGGGCGGAUGGCGGAAGGCGGCCAGCCGCAGCAGCAGCCGCCUCAGCUUGGGCCCGGUGCCGCUGCCCGGGGCAUGAAGCGGGAGUCGGAGUUGGAACUGCCGGUGCCCGGAGCGGGGCCAGACGGACCCGAGCCCGGCGUGAGCAAGCGGCCGCGCACCGAGGAGGCGGCCGACGGCGGGAUGCAGAACGAGCCACUGACCCCUGGUUAUCAUGGAUUCCCAGCACGGGACAGCCAGGGUAACCAGGAGCCAACAACAACUCCUGACGCAAUGGUUCAGCCUUUUACUACCAUCCCGUUCCCACCACCUCCACAGAACGGAAUUCCCACAGAAUACGGAGUGCCACACACUCAGGACUAUGCUGGCCAGACCAGUGAACAUAAUCUGACGCUCUACGGGAGUACACAGGCCCACGGAGAGCAAAGUAGCAAUUCACCCAGCAACCAAAAUGGAUCUCUCACGACAGAAGGUGGAGCACAGACAGAUGGACAACAGUCACAGACACAAAGUAGUGAAAAUUCAGAGAGUAAAUCCACCCCCAAGCGACUACAUGUCUCUAAUAUUCCCUUCCGCUUCCGGGACCCUGAUCUCCGGCAGAUGUUUGGGCAGUUUGGCAAAAUCCUAGAUGUGGAAAUAAUCUUUAAUGAGCGCGGCUCCAAGGGAUUCGGGUUCGUAACUUUCGAGAAUAGUGCUGAUGCAGACAGGGCCAGGGAGAAAUUGCACGGCACCGUGGUAGAGGGCCGUAAAAUCGAGGUGAAUAAUGCCACAGCACGCGUCAUGACCAAUAAGAAGAUGGUCACACCAUAUGCAAAUGGCUGGAAAUUAAGUCCAGUAGUUGGAGCUGUGUAUGGCCCUGAAUUAUAUGCAGCCUCCAGCUUUCAAGCUGAUGUGUCCCUAGGCAAUGAGGCGGCUGUGCCCUUGUCAGGAAGAGGAGGCAUCAACACUUACAUUCCUCUAAUCAGUCUCCCUUUAGUUCCUGGCUUUCCUUACCCAACUGCAGCCACCACGGCAGCUGCGUUCAGAGGAGCCCAUCUGAGGGGCAGAGGGCGGACAGUGUAUGGUGCAGUCCGAGCGGUACCUCCAACAGCCAUCCCCGCCUAUCCAGGAAUAGUCUUACAGGAACCAAUCAUUAGCGCUAAAAUACCUCAGGGUGGAUAUGCAGCCUACAGAUAUGCACAGCCUGCUACUGCAACCGCAGCCACAGCUGCUGCAGCCGCUGCAGCCGCUUACAGCGACGGUUAUGGCAGGGUGUACACAGCUGACCCCUACCAUGCCCUCGCCCCUGCCGCCAGCUAUGGAGUUGGCGCUGUGGCGAGUUUGUACCGAGGUGGCUACAGCCGAUUUGCCCCCUACUGAAGUGACGUGAGACCCCUGCAAAUGGGACAGCCCCCAGUUCAUGAGGCCUGGCUAUUGCAAUAUUUACUAGUAGAGGACUCUAUAGCAAGAUGAAGAGGAAAACAGACAAACAAAAAGAGAGAAUACUUUUUUAUACCUCACUAUGUUCUUUGAAUAUGUAUUUUUCCUUUAAAUUUCUGCCUUUAAUUCUUUUGUUCCAAAGAUUGUGCUUUUUUUUGUUUGUUUGUUUUUUUGUUUUUGAUUUUUUUGGGGUUUUUUUAUUUUGGGGGGAGGAUUGUUUUUGGUUUUUUUGGGGAGGAUUGUUUUUGAUUUUUUUUUUGUUAUUUUAAUUUUUUAAACUGGUUAAAAAGAAGAUAACUGCAUUUCCACAUCCACGUUCGUGCUUAGCUUGUUCUGUCAGUCACAGAAGAGGCAGCCCAGGAGGAAGGAGCUGAGAAACGUAUUGGAUCAGAAGCCAGCAGACAGAAUUACCAAAGUGUAUCUGGUGCUGAGUGGCUGGGGGCAAGCAGAGUGGGCCAGCUCUGCAGCAGUGUGUUCUUCUGGCCUGUCUUUGGCCGGAGACUCUGACUGGCUGUGGCUGGAAUCCACAGGCCGCUAGGUAGGAGUCUGUUUGUACUUGUAAAACAGGAGAAUUUAAAGAUGCUUUUCUCCCCUCUUCCCUCCUGGCUUUGCAUUCUUUCUACAAUCAUUUACACUCAGCCUGCGAGUGCUGGCAUGGUUUGGGAAUACAGAGCUGGUAUUUCCCAGCAUGCUCUCAGGCUGCGGGUGAGACACCUCAGUAGAAAACUGAUCUUGGAGUGAGCUCCAGAAUAGGAAACAGAAAACCCCAGCAUUCCUGCUGGGCUGCUGCCCCUUUAGUUGAGCCACUGUGCAGCUCAUCUAUUCUUUUAUUAACAUGCUACUCCCAUGUCCUCAAGAUUCAGGAAUCUAGGACCCAGGGACAGAAGAAUGAGUAGUCAGUGCCCAGAUCCCCCAGGUAUCUGGGCACAGCUUGAGGACUGAAAGUACAGAUUGUUAGAGCCAUUAAAGAGUGCGUAGGAGAGAAGGGAAGUCCAGCCUGGUGUCCCUUCCUUCUCCUGCAGCACAAAGUCAGUACAGAGUGACACGGGCAUCACAAGCCUCUGCUGGGGCAGGACGAGGAGCCGAGCCCUAGGUCAGCUGUCCCUGCAGUGUGGUAAUCAGGUAGGGCAGGCAGAGGCACUUUGUACUCACUCCAAAGCCAUAGGAACUUCCAUCUUCCAAAGCCUCAUGAGUCUCCCGCCCCUGUGACCGCUGUACCCAGCUUCACACUGUCCUCCAGAGUCCCAGCAAGCACUCGAGCCCCUUGGGGAACAUAAACAGGACAGGCCAUGGGAUCCAAGCCUACCUUGGAAGAAGGGUGUAAAAUGCAAGGUCCUCCUGCAGGGGCCUUGACAGUGAAACCUGGCUUCAGUUUUGUUUCCAAAGGACUUCUCCCCUAGAUCUGCCUGAUAUGACAAGGGUCCCAUAGAGGCUCCAGAGUGAAAGCAGUAGGAAAAGGGCUCCCUGGUCAGUUUACCUAAGGAGUCGCUGCUAAAGGGAGUAGUUUAGAGACACUAGCUUUGGCUUUGUUUUGGUUUGUUUUAGGUUUAUUUUUAUUGGGGUUUUGGUUCUUUUGUUACUGUUUUUGCCUCUGCCUCUACACGUUUUUGACUGAUAAAUGAUUCGUGUCCCUGAAUUAAAAUGGCUGACGUUUGACCGCAUCAAGCAUCCUUUGUAAGCCGGGCCCUGGCCUGCAGUUGAACAGACCAUCCUGCUCUCAGAUCCUAUCUCCUGUGAUAUCUGAGGAGACAGCAUGGAAGCCAGAGACUUCAGUGUAGUCAUUGAUUCUGGGGCAAUGUGUAGACUGGGAAAUAUUGGCCAUCCACUGGCCAUUUAUGGAGUCCCUUCCCCAAGGCCAAAGUUUGGUUUGUUGUUGCUGUUGUGACAGUUUUCUUUGUCUGUACAUAAAUAUUUUAGUUGGGGGAAGGGAUGGGCUAGGGCCUUUUGGAGUUCUAGAGAAUGAGGGCAGAGAUAUUUUUGUUUCUUUUAUUUCAUUUUGAGAGAAUUUCCUGACUAAAGGAACAGAAAUUUGGGGUCAUGUUUAAUAAGGGCCAUUUUAAUAAAAAGGCCUCUUCACCCAAGGAAGACUAGGCCAAUCCCUCAACAGCUGUAUCCACAAAGGGGAGAAAUGGGAAAAGAAUUGAAGAAGGCAUCUUUUCUUUUCCCCUAGACAGGAAUAAGGGUGGCCCUGGCAGGGUGAGGAAGGUAAUUCCCAUGGCCCAUGCUGGAGGGGCCUUCACGCACGCACUUCAGUUCAGCUGGUUCUGGCUGAGGCCUCCAAGGCCAGUUGCUUGCCAGUGUGUCUGUGCUUCGUGUACAAGGACACUCUCCCAUGCCACUUCCUCGACUUCCUUUUCCAAGGAAGACUAGAUGGAAUUGGCUUUUUAUGCAAGGGUCUUUAGAUUUCAGGGUGAGCACUGAGAGUUGGGUCUCCCAAGUGUCUGGAUUCCACUGUAUCUGCCUCAUGGUUGGUCCUCAAGGCCACAGUGCUGGCAUGUUGGACGGCUUUGGGAAGCAAGCUGGAGGAGACGGGCAUUUGUGACUAUAGAGGAUGCUGGGUGGUGGUCUCCAAGAUGACUGAUGUUAGAGCGAGCAUGGGACUGAUGCUCAGCUUUGCAGGCUGGUGUAGCCUGAGCUUUCUAUGCUGCGACUCUUACUUAGAGGCUGCGCUCCUUUAAGGAGACUUAUAGUGAAAACGUUUGUCUGGCUGUCCCUCUUUCAGCCCGGAGAGCUGCCUUAGGUCUUUUCUAGCAUUUCUGUGUUACUUAGUUGGACCUCAGCCCAGACCCACCGUGUUACCUGUCAUUUUUAAGGCUCUCAGGUCUCCCGGACCCUCCUGUCACCAUCACCCCUGCAGCGGCCACAGUCUGAAUUGAGCCAGCAUGCUUUCUUCCCUUGGAAACAACCUGACACUUGGCUCUUAGUUUAAGGGGAGCUCGUGGCUUUUCUGAAAAUGUGGACCUCCUCGGGGGCUGAACUGCUUAGUUUAGGCUGUGCGUUCCUAGAGGAGCAGCCUGCAGAUCUGUGACCACCUCCAUCCUGUACCUAGUCAUGUAGCUUCCAGACAUAAGGGACUGUGAGAUGAAUGGAGCAUCCCCAAGGAUAUGCAAGAAAAGCAUAGUGCGCCCCCGUUCCUGUGCCAGGCGAACAAGACCAACCAAGGGCAGUCUGGAACACAGGUGUAUCAGGAGGGGCAGGGAGCUGCCUGCCGAACCUUCCCCUUUGGCCCAGCCAGUUCUCCACUACUCGAAACUCUAGCAUGGCAAUGUUUGCAGAACUGCAGAUUUUUCCCCUGAUAUUAGGAGGAAAGGGACUUCGGGGGGUGGGGAAGGGGUUGUGGUGUUUUAAAGCAUAAGUUACCUGUUUGCACUGUUUUCAGAUAGGAAACAAUAGUGGGCACGGUGAACAUCUGAUGUGAACGUGUGUUUUAUUUUGUCAUGCUCUUGAGAAUGUCUGAUCAUUUGUAGUAUACACCAGUGACACUUGAUUCUCUGUUGCAUAAAACACUAUAUUUUUGGAAAUGUUGCUGUCCGGAAGCCUCUUCCCACGCCUUCCCUCUCCUGUGUUCUUCCUUUACCUUUGCUUUCCUCAUCAGCCAGGCAAUUGCCAUGCCCGAGCCAGAGCGGGAAACAAGGCCCCACCCCAAGCAGGCUCUGGGUGUCCUAACCAGCAUGUGCCCUCUAGGUUACUGAGUGCAGGACAGUCCUUGGCAACUAUGCUUUUGAAAGGCUCACCAACUACCACAGGUUGCCGAACUCUUCAGCGAGGCACUGGAAGUGAGCCAGGGGGCACAGGUCCCUGAAAUAUUGUGGUUGGCUGUGGAAGCCAUGUUCUUAUGCAAGUUACCGAAACUGUAGCCAGUUACAGUGUACUCAGGAAAACGGUAGUUGAGUUCAGCCAUGGUGGUGCUGGCUGGCAGGGAUUGGUAACUGAGAACUGCUCAUCAGCCAAAACUCAACCUUGCCUUGACAGAGACCUCCGGCCUAGGGGGCAGCCCUCUGUCUGGUAGUUCUGUCCAUGCCAGCACUGGGAGGGCUGCAUUUACCCUGGCAGGCAAAAAGGGAACAGCGAUGCUCUUUCCUUCCCCUCCCCCUUCCGGUUACCAAUGCCAGAUUCCCAGGGGCACGCAAGUUUUUGAGUUUUUCAGAAAAUGCUUUUGGUUUGGUUUUUCCGGGGACUGACAUGCUUUAAUCGCUGUCUGUCCCCAUCAGGACUCCUAGCUUAGCUGUUCUCUUGUAUUUUCUGUUCACAGUAUUUUUGUGUGUGCGUGCUUGUUGGGCAGCUCAUUUUGGCUGCAUUAUAUAUCGAGUGAUGAACUGAUCCUUGUUUUUUUUUCCCCCAAGGGACAUGAAUUUUCCCCUUAAUGUCACCAUUAUGCUUGUGAAUAGCUAGAGCCACCUGGGGCUGACACGCCUGAAGCUAGAGCUGCAGAGAGAACUGAGGCUCCAGGUUUUUGAGUCUCAGUCUUGUCAAGGCUCAAAGUGCCACAGAGCCUCUCUCUUCUCCACACCCCUGUGGCAAGGAGUGGCCUGCCUAGCACGUGCAGCUUCCCUGUGGCAGGACAGGUACCACUGGGGCAUGGGGACAUACUCAGAUGCUUGUACAAUUGACCACCUAGCCAUGUCCCUUUCCCUCCCAGCCUCUCCCACAAUCACCCCCUAGGACACCGGAGCUGCUUGCCCAGGGCCCUGUUUCCCUGCUAACUCCAGAGAAGCACUCGGGGCUUGUGACAGUCUCUAACUCCCUCCUCCUCUCCCUAAGAAUCAUAUUGUAUAGUAGCUUUCAGACCAUACAGUAUUCAUUGGGUUACUCCUAUUAUUAUCAAGUAGCUGGAAUUGUGAAGGUUGGAGUAGUUAGAUCUUUAGCUUUUAUUCCUUAUUUUUUGUAUUACUCUCCAUGUGUAUAAAUUAUUGAUCAUGUUGCUGGCUUUUAUAAACUCUAAGCAGAGGAGGGGCCCUGCCUCAGCCUUUGCAGACGGUAAUGAAGCACUGUUUUUAAAUAAAAGAGAGAAACACCA